ACGGUACAUUUGGCGUUGUAUACAAAGCUAAACAACAUUCAACAGAAACAUUUGUUGCUAUUAAAAGAGCUAAGGAAGUUAAAUAUGAAAGACCUGUGCAAGAGCGGAUUGCAAACGAGAUAGAAACUUUGCGCAAAGUUCGUCAUGAAAAUAUCAUAUCAAUAUUUUCUUUGGAAGAACCAGUAGAAAUAACAUCGUCACUAUCAUUAACUAAAUUACUAAACAUCGAACUGAAUGCUAAUGCAAUUGUAUUCCCUUAUUGUCCUCUAACAUUGAAAUCUUUGUUGGAAUAUUAUACUCUCGCACCACACGAAUUCAAAUCUUGCAUUUGGAUGAUACUUAACGGUGUUGUUCAUAUUCAUAGUAUAGAUGUGAUUCAUAGAGAUUUAUCACCAAGUAAUAUAUUAAUUAGUGAAUCAGGUGUUAUAAAGAUUUCGGAUUUUGGUACAGCAUGGGUAGAUUCUAAUAAUGGUCUUGAACCUAGAGGUAAAAUGAAAUUCGAAGUUGGAACAAG